AAUUUUGUUAUAAAAAAAUUGCAAGAAAAAGAAGGCAGUCGUGUGGGUCCAUGCCAUCCAUGUUUUGAACUCGGAUGCAAAUGCAAUAGACGCCCCAAUUGAGCGUCUAUUAGGUCAGAAUUUGAAGUAAAAGCUGGAAAUUCAAAGUUGAGCUCAAAGGAAAACGACCAUGGCGCCGAAACGACUGAAAGAAGUAGAAAACGACAUGAUAAGCACUCUACCGGACCCUAUUCUGUGCCAUAUACUGUCCUUCCUCCCAACCAGAAUCUCCGUCGCGAAGAUGGGCCUUGUGUCUCGCAGGUGGCGCCACCUCUGGAAGCAUCUCCAAGCCUUCCACUUCGACGACUCCGACUGGAACGGUGAGUUUCGCAAAAUGUUCAAAAGGUUUGCAUUUUUUGUGAACGCUGUGCUUUCCCUCCGUAAAUCCAGGGACAUCCGAAAAUUUCAUCUCAGUUGCAGCAUCUCGGAUGUUUACCACUUUCCCGGCGACUGCGUCGACGUGUGGCUCCAUGCUGCCAUUGGUCCCCACCUUGAAGAACUGGAUCUCACAAUUUCCAAUGGCUUAGGAGCCCGACUCUGUCUCCUCCCUCAUUCUUUCUUGAACUGUACCAAUCUCGUUUCCCUCAGUCUAGUUGGUUCAAUCCAUAUGAAGAUUCAAUAUUCUUCUGUUCAUUUUCCGUCGUUGAAGAAGUUGAAAAUCGACCCAGGCAUUUUGGAGCUUGAUAUAGACAUCGUGGAAAACGAGAUAGACAUUGUGGACCCAUUAAUUCCCUUUCUCUCUUGCUGCCCCGUGCUCAAAACUUUUGAUACUUACUUUGAUUCUUCAUUCUUGACCAAAGUUCCCGUGCCACCUUCCUCCAAGAGGUUGAAAUCUUCCGAACGGAAUUUCUCUUGGACUUGCCUUGAAAUAGAUUCUGAUUGGCUUAGUUCAAGGGACAGCGGUGGCAUCGCCAAAACCACACUGGGUAUCAUUGGCAACUUGCAAAAUGUCGAGGAAGCAUAUCUUGACGUUUUUUCUCUGCGCCAAAGUGAUUUUGUCGACCCUAUACUCUGCCUCCUCCACCAUCAAAAUGGUGAUUUACAUCUACUUUUGCGUCAUUCGACAUCAAAGUGGCCACUUUGCAACCCAAUUCUAAAUUAUCCAGAAUUUUGCAAUUUAAAUCAUCUAAAGUUCAUUCUUCCUUGCUUCAACAAUGAUCUAAUGCUCAACGUGCUUGUGAAAUGUCAUGUGCUUCAAGUUCUCAUAAUUCAGUGUACCAAGGAGGAGCCACCACCUUUCGGAUCAUGGGAGCCAAGGUCAACAACAGUUCCGAAAUGUCUCAAAUCCCACCUGACAUUUAUUCACAUAGAAGGAUAUCAAGGAGUUGAAGAUGAGCUAGCAUUUGCUGAAUAUAUUUUGCAUAACGGACAAAUUUUGGACACAAUGCUUAUUUCAUUUGAUCCUUCAAUACACCUGACAAACAAGUAUUGUUCUCUCAAAAGAUUAACCGAUAUACCAAGGGGCUCUGUCACAUGUCAACUUAAAUUUGACUCGAAUGUGUCUCCUUAAGUGUGCGAUUGGACUGUCAUGAUUUCUGAAGCUUGCAGAUUCAUGUUUGGUCAGAUUCUUGGGGCUUCUUGAAAAGAUUACAAUGGAAGAAAACUUAUAAAUAUGUAUUUUUCAUUUCAGCCGAGUUCAACAAAAAUACUUCAUACUUUAAAAUAGUGAAGGAAAUCAAGUUUUUCAGUUGAUAUUCA